AUGUCCUUGAAGCAGGAAAUCGAGACCUGGGUACAGGCCCUUGACCACUACGAUAAUCAGGAAUAUGAUGAAGCUCUUAGGGUCUUUGGUGCGAUUGCAGAGACCUCCAAGAUUCUGUUCAACUGCGGGGUCAUCUAUGCCACGUUAGGUGAACAUGAAAGAGCGGUUGAGUGCUACCAGCGGGCUGUCGGCCUGGACCAGUAUCUGGCUAUUGCCUACUUCCAAGAGGGAGUGUCCAACUUUCUUCUGGGGGACUUUGAGGAGGCAUUGGCUAAUUUCAAUGACACGCUGCUCUACCUCCGGGGCAACACCUCCAUUGACUAUGAGCAGUUGGGCCUGAAGUUCCGGCUCUUCUCCUGUGAGGUGUUGUUCAAUCGGGGCCUGUGCUAUAUCUACCUGCAGCAAAUGGGACCUGGCAUGCAAGAUCUACAAUAUGCAUCAAAAGAAAAAGUCACGCCCGACCACGACGUGAUCGACGAUGCUAUUCGUGAGCAAGCGGCGGGCUACACGGUCUUUUCGAUCCCGGUGGGGGUGGUGUACCGACCCAACGAGGCCAAGGUCAAGAACCUCAAGGCAAAAGACUACCUGGGCAAGUCCCGGCUGAUUGCCGCAUCCGAGCGCAGCAGCAUGCCGUCCGCAGCCAGCGAGGAGCUCAAGCGGACCAUGUCCAUGCUGGACCACCGAAAGCCAGAGACGCUGCCGUUUGCCACGUCACACCUGGUGCAUAAGAACCUGCAGAGUCGGAGCCGUCAGCAAUCGGAGCCGCCUCUGAACCGUAGUCUCGCGAUGAACAGUCGACCGGGGUCCAUCCGAGCAGCGCGGCCACCCCGGCUCGACCUGACGGCGGGCCACAGUACAGAAACGCUGGUCGAGAAGCCGCGGAUCGGCACGACGCGCACGGCGUCCGAGUCGCGGGCAGGUCCGGGUCGACCGGGGCCGCGGCCGGGACCAGGGCCACGAGGGCCGGGCGAGUCUCAUGGCCAUCGACGAGGCAUGAGUGAUACGGGGUUUGCCCCUACGGUGAGCUCGGAGGAGUCGUAUUCGGGCACCCGAUCGAUGCCAGCGGGCGCCACCUGGCGCCGUCAACAAGAGCGGUAUAUUGACGAGCAAGAAGAGUACGCCAGUGAUGCAUACGAGGACAACGGGCCAGACGGUGAGUUUGAGAUCAUGGGAACGCGGCCGCAGGCGUCUCCGAACCGGGGAUCGCGGCGGGGGACGUCACGACGGCCGGAGGUGCGCAAGUUCCGAGUGAAGGCGCACUCGCGAGAAGAUACACGGUACAUCAUGAUGGAGCCGACUAUUGAGUUUAGGGAGUUUGAGAGUCGGAUCCGGGACAAAUUUGGGUUCCGCACGCUGCUGCGAAUCCGCAUGCAAGACGACGGGGAUAUGAUUACGAUGGUAGACCAGGAGGAUCUAGACUUGUUGAUGGCGGGGUCGCGCGAGGUGGCACGACGAGAGGGGAGCGAGAUGGGGAAGAUGGAGAUAUGGGUUGAGGAGCGAGGCGUGAUUUAG